CGGAGUAAACACAUACAGGGUCUUGAUGAGGAAAUGCAUUCAACAGUUUGUGGAGCUUCAAAUUCCCCAUCCACAGUCAAAAAUAUUAAUGAGGUGCUGACCGACAGCAACCAGAGCCAGUCAGCUGUGAGCGACCAGAAUCAGACAAGUCCAGUGGUCAGUCCACCUAACAUGGUCAGAAAGGGUCUUGAUGAGGAAAUGCAUUCAACAGUUUGUGGAGCUUCAAAUUCCCCAUCCACAGCCAAAAAUAUUAAUGAGGUGCCAACUGACAGCAAUCAGAACCAGUCAGCAGUGAGCGACCAGAAUCAGACAAGUCCAGUGGUCAGUCCACCCAACACAGUCAGAAAGGGUCUUGAUGAGGAAAUGCAUUCAACAGUUUGUGGAGCUUCAAAUUCCCCAUCCACAGUCAAAAAUAUUAAUGAGGUGCUGACCGACAGCAACCAGAGCCAGUCAGCUGUGAGCGACCAGAAUCAGACAAGUCCAGUGGUCAGUCCACCUAACAUGGUCAGAAAGGGUCUUGAUGAGGAAAUGCAUUCAACAGUUUGUGGAGCUUCAAAUUCCCCAUCCACAGUCAAAAAUAUUAAUGAGGUGCCAACUGACAGCAAUCAGAACCAGUCAGCAGUGAGCGACCAGAAUCAGAAAAGUCCAGUGGUCAGUCCACCCAACACAGUCAGAAAGGUAAAUUAA